AUCAAUCGCGCAGUAAUUACAGCUGCAGGAGGAUUUUAGAGCACGCAACACGACUGUCCACCCAAUCAAGCAAAAUUCACCGAACAAUGACAUGCCCAGCAGGCUACAAGUCCAGCUCCAACUAGUCGACGAAACGAGCUCUCGAAAGGGGACCUUUCAUCUUGCCCACCACGACCAGCUCACAGUCCACCACAAUCCCGUCGCUGACCACGCCACAGAACCUGCGCAAGACCGCAGGCGGACUAUGCUCUGUGCCUCCCAGUACCGCGGAAAUGCUGCUGCAGAUCGCCAGCAAGCCCUUCGACCAUGCUGUCGCCGACUCGCGCGGAUUCAGAAAGCACCCACUCAUGCGAGGCUGGCGGACAUCUACGUCAUGACAUUCGGCACGCCCGAGGGGCGCAGGCUGGCGGACAUCUACGUCAUGACAUUCGGCACGCCCGAGGGGCGCAGGCAGGUGACGGACAUGACGAGUCGGUCGCAGGUGAAGAAUGAGGGCGUGUACGAUGCAAACGAUGUGGAUUUGCAGCUGUGGGUGGCGGCGACGAUUUGCUGGAGCCUGGUCGUUGAUUGAGUACGAGGCGAUCUAUGGGCUGAUGAGCCUGGAGCUGACGCACUGAGGGUGGCAGCGGACAUGUGGCCUGUAGACCGCAGGACAUUUCAGGAACACUGGUAACCCACGAGGUGCUCUGGCCCGCGUCCUUUGUUCCAGUGGUGUUCAAGCCUGUCUUUCUGACGAUGGGAUGGCUCAGCUGCACCCUCACAGUGGGCGUCUUCCAUCUUCCUCAACCAAACAG